AAGCAGAUGCACCUCAAGGCAGAAAGAACAAGAACUGCCUAUGCUGCACAUGUCUGCCGAGGUCAAGAGUGGCUCAGCAGCUUUGCUGCCUCCAGAAUGGAGAGCCAGCCUGAGGAUGCCAGCCCAGCCCUGACUCCCAUGGUGCCUGACAACCCGUACAGCAACCCAGAGUUCAGAACAACCUUCGAGAGCACACCAAACAGCUGCUCUGACAAGGCAUUGGCCUUGUACAUGACAUGGAAGGGAUUCCAUGAGAAUUUAGGCAAGAGCACUGUGGAGAGCAUCAGGGCAGCAUUCAAAGACGUUUGGGCAAAUGUGGAUGGAAAUACCUUUCGAGGCAAGUGGGGGUUCAAUGAGGCAAGGCAGCGCUGGGAGGGGAACCUGGCAGAAUCAGCUGAUGUUCAAGACAUCCUGACUUCGAUCAAGCACAAGGCGAGUGUGGAAGCAGGCAAUCGCAAGCACUCACUGCCCAUCAUGUGGGAUCACUUGGAUUGGAUGUUGCAGUGGGCACACACAGUGUGCCCUGACCUUGAUUUUGCCUUGAAACUUCUUGGUCUCAAGGUGCAGACACUGGUGACACACCACCUCGAGCAACUCGCAUUUGCAUCCACAGCAUGGACAUUAUGGACAAGGUCACAGAGGCACAUCACAAUCGACUGCACGAUGGUGGACCACACACUGGAAAAGUACCUUGGAAAUGAGCCACUGAUGCUGUCCGACAGGUCCAUCUACUUCGAGGUCUACCUAGCAAACCAAAAGGGGUGGCAGCGCAAGGUUGACAGGGGGAUGACCAAGGCUGAUCUGCGCAGCAACCAGUAUAAAAUCUUCCCCCAGCCUGAGCUCCUGGGAGCUGACUGCUUCCUGUGGCUGCCACUCUGGGUACACUGGCUUGAACAUGUCCACUACCAACAACCACUUGACCCUGAUGACAACAUCUUCCCUGCAAUGGGGGCUAAUGGUGUUGUACAGCCCCGUGAGCCAAUCUCACACGAUGCUGUGCAACAGUGGAUCAACGAAGCAAUGACUGGCACAGGAAUUCAAGGCUCCUUCUCGACCCAUUGCUUUCAAUGGGGUGGAGCACAGUACAGGUUUAUGCUGGCCCCUGUUGGUGAGCACUGGUCCCUCAAAAAGGUCCACUGGUGGGGGGGCUGGGCUGAGGGGGAGCAUCAUAACACCCUCAUCCGAUACCUCCUAGACGAGCAUUACUGUUAUGAGACAGACUACAGUGAUGUGCUUGCUCUGAUUGCACAGGAUGUGCGGGAUUCUCUGGUAGGCAAAUCUGCCCUCAUGCAACCUGUCACUGCAGAGGAG